CACCCCCAACAGCGGCGGCUUCUCGUGGAUCGCAUGCCUUCCGGGCGGUUGCCAAGGAAACUGCCAUUGGACAUACGCUUAUCCCCCGCAGGACAGCUUUACGCCCAGGGCAGGCAAAAAAACUCUCGCUGAACUGCAGUGUAGAUCUAUAUGCGCGUAGCCCAUUGUCGCCGCGUUCCAUUUUAUCAUACGUAGUGCCCGAAAAAGCCCUUUGACCGAACGAACCUCUGUGCAAGUGGCAGCUUAUAUAGACUGCUGCUGCCGCCAAAACCUUGUCACACUUUGUUUUUCAUGUGGCGCAAUGAAUCCAGGAACUUGUUGCGUUUUACAGGACUAAAUGAGCAUGGUAGGUUCGGAAACACAGCCGCCUCCCCAGCGGGUGCAGCUGCCCAAAGAUGAACUGGAGCGGCUGUCCAAGGAGGAACUGAUUGCAAAGUGGAAUGAGCAGGAGAGCUACGUAGAGUAUCUGGAGAGCCAGCCUGGGAGCUCGGCAGCCAACAAUCAGGAGCUGGUUAGCCUUCGUGAGUCUGAGGAGAAGCUGAAGCAGCAGCAGCUCGAGGCCACACGGCGAGAAAAUGUGCUGGUCAUGCGACUCACCACCAAGGAGCAGGAGAUGCAAGAGUGCGCCCACCAGAUCCAGGCGCUGAAAGGGGGCAGCGCAGGGUGGACGCAGCAACUGCGUGCUGCGAUGUUGGACCCCGCUGUCAACCUGCUUUUUGAGCGGAUGCGACGUGAGGUGGACUCUAUGCGCAGCCGCCUGCAGGAGACCCAGAAUGAACUAAGCGCCUGGAAGUUCACCCCUGACAGCAACACGGGCAAGCGGCUGAUGGCCAAGUGCCGGCUGCUCUACCAGGAGAAUGAGGAGCUGGGCAAAAUGAUUUCGUCCGGUCGCAUGGCCAAACUUGAGGGUGACCUGGCCCUGCAGCGCAACUUCAGCGAGGAGAUGAAGAAAAGCCAGACAGAGCAAGACGAGUUCCUGCUGGAGCUGGACGAGGAGGUGGAAGGCAUGCAGAGCACCAUCUACCUGCUGCAGCAGCAGCUGCGCGAAGCCAAAGAGCAGCUGGCCCGAAUGCAGGCAGAACGGAGGCUCGCUAACGGUGCUGAACGCGGAGAAGAGCCUGUGCUCAAUGGCCACAUCGAGGAAUCCGCCGAGGUGGCCGCACCGGCCCCGCCGGCCAAGGGUGGCAAGCGCGCAGCAACGCGAGCGGCGCGGUCGACGCCUCGGCGCGGCACCGCACCUCGGACACGAAAACGCGCGCGAGAACAGGGUGCAGGUGGGCCGGACGCUAAGGUGUCCUCAGCGCUCGAGAUUGACGCAGACACUGAGGUGCAGGUGGCACAGACGCUGGCCUACCUGUUUGUGGCGAACAAGGAACGCCAGCAGGACGGCUCAUCCGACUCGGCUGCGGCCGAGGACGCGCAGGACGUGUAAAAUAGCAUCUCGUUUACCCGGCCAUUUCUCAUUGUGUGAUUGUGACACUGAAGGUGUGAGCAUUCUAUAGCGUCUGGAACAACUGAAUCGUUGAGUGGGGCUAUUGGGAAAAUCACUCGAUAGGUGGCAUCAUUGUGAGAAUAAACUGACUGUUCAAGUGCA